AUGGAAUGUAAUAAGCGCAAGAGCAAUUUCGAUGUCCAAGAGCCGAUCCCCGGAUUGGUUGCCACGCCUCAGAUGAAGCAAAAUGAGAUGUAUGCAAACGGGCAUGAGAGAGAAGAAACGUCAGCUUAUCAUCUGUCCAACGACAGAGAUUUUGAAGAGACACCCCAUUUUGACAUUUACAGGGAUCGGUCUUGGGAAACAAGCUAA